UCCCUUUGCAGGUAGGCCUAGGCCUAAAAUGAAUGUAUGUAUUUCGUAUUGUUAUCUAACAAAGUUUGAUUGACUUUAAGCACAGGUGCGGUGCCUAGACCUACAGAUAUGUACUGAACGACCAAAAGGUGUAUAAGAAGGAGAUAAACUGGAGGGCAGGUUUAACGGCCUUACUAUCCCUUUUGAAAGACACUGUUUACUAAGGAUGGAGAUCCACCGAAGUGUUUACUCGAUAUGAAAAUCAGACCGCCUUCGGAAAGCCCCCACUAGUGUAUCGGCUACGGUCUUGCAUACACGUGAGAGAGAUGAUGGGUACCCCGCACAUAGGAAUCGCCCUCUGGCUAGAGAGGAUACAACUGUCACAGUACAACCACACUUUCAGGAGGUACACUGGAGUCGAGUCAAUCCUUCAUCUGAGUGAGAAGGAUGUCUUGGAACUGGGUAUCACAAACGGUGCUCACAGGGCUAGAAUUAUCACGAGCCUCGUCAUGCUGCGGGACAAGUUUCAUAGAAAGACGGGAAUCCGUAGAAGUUCAGGGACGACAGCCCCCUUGAUUCAUUCAAACAGCUUUUCCUAUUCCGACGCCUACCCAGACUAUGCCAAACUCAACGUGACGAACUCUUCGCCAAACAUCAUGUCGUCCCCUAAGCAGACGUUUAACAUAGAGUCCCACCCCUGGUACCAUGGCAAUAUUCCGCGGGAAAAGGCCGAAGCCGAGAUGCAUCAAGAUGGCGAUUUUAUCGUACGAAACUCUAUAUCAAAUCCAGGAGACUACGUACUCACUUGCAAAUGGAAGGAAACCAUCUUACACUUCAUGGUUAACAAGCAAGUGGAACCAACAGGAAAAUACACAAAAAUGAAAUAUCAAUUCGAAGACGAUUUAUUUGACAGUGUGCCUGGCCUCAUCAAUUUUUACGUAACGUGCAGAAAGCCAGUCUCAAAGGUUUCAGGGGCGAUAAUCAGUCAACCUGUUGCGAGGGCGACUGGUGAAUUUGAAGGAUUAGACAUGAGACACUCUGUUGUCACUAUGCCCCAAAGGUUUUCUAAUCAGAACUCUCCGAUUUAUCAGUCGACAAAGGCAGCAAAGAUCCACAAUUUGUCGCCGAGCAGUAGCCCAAUGUCUAGUCCGAAGAAUAGUCCUAAUGCGACACGGAAGGCCUUGCCCAAAAGGCGGAUAAGUCAGCCUGUUGUGUCUCAAGAAAAAGGGUGCGAGUCUCGAGUGGAGUCGCAAAGGGCACGGUCAGUGAGCCCGCACCCGCAGUCCUACGCUAGUCUACCACCACGAGUUACAAUCACUCCAGAUAGAGACACUGAUCAAAGUACGUACGACAAUGUCAUUCCGCGACCACUACGCAACGCCAGUAGAUUCCGAUCUGGAAGUGAUCCCAACUUGAGCAUCGAGGAUAAAAACCGAUUGAAAGUGAGUCCGAAGUCAAAUUUAGCAACGGUUCCAACAGGGUCCGAGUCCAACCUGAGUAAGGCACCUCCCCCCAAGCCUAGUCGCGUCCCGUCAAUAAAAUAUUACAGAGAACGCCCGAUUGUUCAAAUCCGAAACAGGGCAUUAUGGGAAGACGAUGAUAAGGAUUAUUCGGAUUACGCCCAAGUGAAGGCCACACCCUCUAUCAUGUUGGAUGAGCAACAAAGGAGAGAGCUGGGCCAAGUGGAUGAUGCUGAUGUUGAGGAGGAAAAUGGGAAAAAUGGUGACAGCCCUGUGAAUCGGGUGAGCAGGCAUCAGCCACUCGCCGUCAAUGACGCAACUGGGGCGCUUACCAUCCAGGGGCACAUCAGGUUACCCGAGAUGAAUCCAGAUUCCUUUUUCAAUCCUUUAAAUCUGACAACGCACCUUCUCCAACCAGACAAUAAACCAUUGGACAGUGCCUGCAUAUUUAGAGUUAAGAAUGCGAUAUUGCAUAAUUCCGCCAGAACGUUAGCGGAGCAUAUCACUAAGCUGGAUAUUGAUCUGUUGAAUGUCCUUGGAAAUGAUGACCUUGGGAUGAACGUGACCUCGGGACUGGAACUCAUGACCUUGCCUCAAGGUCGUCAACUUCGACAGGAUAUUCUCGAAAGAUACCACUGUCUUCAGAUGCUAGUAGGUCUGGUAGUGUUGACAUGCCAUACGUUUGCCGAACGCUCACACACACUGCGACAAUGGAUCAAGGUUGCCUUGGAGCUAAAGAGUAAUCUUGGAAACUUGCUUGGUUUUGCAGCAAUUAUGGACGGCUUGGAGCUUCCCCAGGUGCUUCGCCUCCGCCACACGUGGAUUGCCUUCAGCCAACAAUUUAGCGACGAGACAUACCUCUACAAGAUGAAGCUACGACCUCUGAUGGCCUCCCUGAACCAAGGCACCGCAGCCCUGCCGCUGCAGAACGUCUGCAUUCCUCACAUAAUCCCACUGGUGGAACUCCUCGAGCGCGACCUUGACACUGUCCUGUCCUUGACGUCGUGGGAGGAAAACGACCCCCACCAAGGUAUGGAUAUCAUCCUAGCACAUUUAGACACUGCCAGGAUUGUGACUGAACAAUGUGGUUUAUACCGAAUCAAAGGACAGUCGAUUGUGGAUAAAUUACAAGCGGACACAGAACUUCUGGAUGUGUUUAGUACCGAUCUCCAUCUGCGGCUGCUGUGGGGAGCGAAAGGGGCGGGGGUUAGGCGCUGUGACAGGCUUGUCAAGUUCGAGCAGUUGCUAUCAUUGUUGUCGGAGAGAGCGGAGCCUAGUCAGCAGCCAGAGUCAUCUGUGUAGAUUUGGCAAUAACGCCAGAUGAUGGUAUAAGCAAUUGAUGUUUUCCUAGAGAAUUAGUCUUGCCAUACCGUAUUGUUCAAAGAUUUUCGAGGCCGAAUGUCGGGGAUUUAUGGCCAAUGUGACCAAUGCCUUAGAUAGAGUUUCGAGAGAGUAUUUCUUCGUCAGGCGUACUACAGCCUGCCAACAGGGUCUUGGGUUGCCAGUCACUGCGACAUGCUGAGAGUCGCGGAGGUUCUUGGCUGCAUCCGGCAGUCAUGGUACGUUCAACAUGAAUUAAACCGAUAAACUGUAAAUCCCCGAAUCCCCAAUUUCUCCUCCACUUGAAAUAAGCGAUUUUCCUACGAGCAUUACAACGCCCUUCCCGCGCCUCAGUAAUUGACGCAUCAUCAAGUCAUACGCGAGAUUCUGAGUGAAUUCUAUUGCGGUCUCUAUCGUCCACAUAUUCAUCAUGACGAAUCUUACAAGCUGAUCGUGCAACGUCCCCUUUAACAUGUUUAAUAUGGAGUGUUUUGAGAUAGUGCAAAACUACACCAAUGUUCUUUCCCAAUCCGGAUAUCCACUUCAGCUAUUUCACGCACUGUACUGAAUUGUUUUGGUGCUCUGCUACUAUGUACAGAAUUAGCUUUGAGCUUAUAAGACCACGAGUACUAGUAUGUACGUUAGCAUGUUUUGGAUGGAGUCCAAGCAGAUUCCAUACCACAGAGGCCGCUUUGAAUAGACCGUUUCCGUGUCCAUGGGCCUCCAUAUUUUAUGCUUGACAAUCAACAUGCCAAAAGUUAAGAGAGGAACACAAACCCCGUAAAUUCAGAAACAGGAUUUACUUAACUGAACAAAGAGUGCCAGAGUCUUGAAAGAGUAAUGCCGGGCUUAGCCGGAAGCUGCACGUCGUUACCAGACCAUCCUCUGUGGUAACAAACCCGCUAAGCAAUUUUCACAAGGUGAGGCCAGUGCUGUAUACCGUGUCGACCAUCUGGUAACGAAUCAACGGCCGACACGUAUAUCACCGAACGCAUCAUCACUAUGAUUCCCCGUUCAAGCCUCUUGGCUACGUAAAUAGGUUACGGGUAAUUCUACUUCACAUUCGUGCACAAUAUAAUAAUAAACAUUUGGUCAGGAAUAAAGACUGAGCCUUCUGAGCUAACAGUUCGGUACAUGCCGUCCUUUACUUUGAAGCCUGUCCCCAGGCUGCGACAUGCACUGCAGUCAACAAUAGCCCUUAUUCUGAUCAAAUGCUGAAAACCGGAAAAAUCAUUGCAUUCGAUCUCCCGCUGCUCUUGGCCUGCAGAUCGUUUCUUCCUUGACUGCCGACAUUGCUGUGACUUCAAAUGUCAAUGAAUCAGGAUCUGUCAGGAAUCUUGAUGUAUUGACUAUGUCGAUGUAUCAUAGGAAUGUUGGAGAUGAAUUGUACAAAUGAUGACGUCUAUAUUGUCAGUAAACAAUUCGACAAGGCGGUUGCGAAUGUUAUAGCACUUGGUAGUGCAUAACUGCAACAGUACAUGAUGUAUCAUCUGAGUUCUGUUUAUCCCGAAUUACAUGUAACAUGAUUGUUGUCUGCGUCCAGUUGAGUCUGAGCCAAUGUUCAGGUUAAAAACGAAGAAUAAGUUCAGUAGUUGAUCGGACGCCGUUUUUGAUAGAGUGCGCUCCGAACUGCAUGACAUUUCUUACUCCUCACACUUCUGUAGCCUACUCUCUGCCUCGAGUAUUAAAUUCAUCAGUUCCAUCCGAUGAUGUCAGUAUAGGUGAACAUAUAGUAUACCGCACGACGACGAAGUUUGACAGUGUCUCAAUUCUUAUAGCUAUUAUAAUAAUACCUUGAUAAGGUGCGGGACAUCGAUUUAAAUGUUGAAUAGCAAUAUCUCUAAACGUAUUGUUCCUAUUGUGUUGUACUCCUUGGACUAACCUAGCUCCUUUCAGCAUUAUCUUUCACAGCGUCGUGAAGAUCAUAAUCACAGUCUCCGUUUCUGGCGUGAAUUCGAUUAGUUUAGUGUCUAAACUACACUAUAAGUAGCAAAAUAUGCAUUUUGAUUUGUUAACUAUCGAUAUCCCUGUUAUUCGCACGGCCACCGAGUCACAUUAUCGGCCGAUCACGUUGCGUGAAGAGACAUAACAGUCAAUCACUGUAUACGGCUGAGCUCUAACGUCAUGCACGGCAUUUCAGUCUCACUUGAAAGUCACUCCACAACUUGGACGAGCUGACGUGUAUAAUGAUCGAAACUUAAGUGUCCUGGACGCCCAACGUUUAAUUUUGCAAAAUGUCAUAUAUACUGGAAGAGUCCUUAUGGAGGUACAGUUCGUAUUCGCUGAUCCAUCGCUUACUUGGAACAGUCGGUGUUCUCGCAAGACUCCUCCCCGCUCACGGUUGUAUGACUUCAUUUCGUCCUCGAUAUAGGCCCAGUUGUUGUCGUCCUUGGGAGUUGUCGGCAAUGAUUUCUCAGCGAAAUAGAGCCUUAAAAUAUAAAAUAAAAACGCGAGCAGUUUGUGUUUACAACUAAAAUGUUUUUGAUCAUCCCGAUUUGUCAACUCAUGGGAAUAUGUCUCAAUUAAUUCGUUUCCCUGAUUGUUCUUAUCACAGAUAAAUGCCAAAAUAUAGACUUGAUCAAUAGUCAUCUCAGUUCUAGCGGGAACAAUUUAUAUAGUCUGAUGUAAAAAGCACAACUUGCUUUAUAUGACCCUAUAUACUGGUGCUUUGUUAUAAUCGAUAUUUUGUGUUGCUGACAAACUUAUACUAACUUAGGGAAAGGAUCUCUGCAGACAGUCGGUCGAACAUCAGACCUCUGGAGGUCGUGGUUAAUUCCCCCCUCCAACAGUGACGACUGGUGGCGGUUCCCGCCCAGUACGUUACAGCACUCGAGUCAUUCCACGUAUGGUUGACAUGAUCGUAAUGAAUUAUUUAGAUGACUAUCGGCAUUGUUGAAUGACUUGUGACUACUUAUUAAUUCAGAAUUUUUUAAAAUGAUAAUUCUUCAGAUUGAUUUUACACCCUCCAUUCCUGGGAUGCUGCAGUCGUUAUUUGCAAGAUGCUCGAGUUAGGAGAUGCUACGAACUAGGGGUGAGUGGUUCGCACAACAGUUGAGCCGCGGCCUUGUGAUUUGGAGGUCCCGGGUUCGAUACUCAGCCGGUGCUGCUUGAAACUCUCAACUGGCCUGAAAGGUCCAUGUGUGCGGUAGAUUGUGGCUGCCCUUGGUUCUCCAGAAAUGUGUCUGGUAUGCUGGGGUAAUUGUAAAGCGCUCUGAGACUGUACAUUGUAGAUACUACAGUGAAAAGCGCUAUAUAAAAAACUCUCUAUUAUCAUCAUAAUAUUAUUGUAACCUGGUCCUAUCCCUGGCUUUGUUCAAGCGUCUGAAAACCAGGAUAUUUGGCGGCUCUUUAUUGUUCGUUUUGUAAAGUAUUUGCUGGCAUAUUCUAAUGAAAUCUUACCAUAAUCACCUCGUUUCUAAGGUAAACUAAGUGCAGUAAGGUUGACUCUCAAUUAAGUUACAAA